UUGAAGGUGAAAAGAUAGCACGAGUGUUAGAAAACCGUACCCCCGCUGUACAAGGGCAUUCUUCCUUCGAUAAGUGUAAAAUAGCACCAGCGGACUUCACUGCGCUAAAAUAUCACCAUUAUUUGUAUCACCUUAGUAAUGCCACUCUCAUUUCCGUCAUGGAUCUAAAAUCUGAACUGUUGAAGUCUAUCUGGUAUGCGUUCACUUCACUGGACGUGGAGCACAGCGGAAAAGUGUCCAAGUCGCAACUAAAGGUACUCUCCCACAAUCUGUACACAGCUCUGAAUAUCCCUCAUGACCCUGUGGCUUUGGAGGAGCACUUCCAGGAUAACGACAAUGGGCCAGUGUCCAACCAAGGCUAUAUGCCAUACCUAAACAAGUACAUUCUGGCAAAGGCCACUGAAGGUACUUUCAACAAGGAGACAUUUGAUGAGCUGUGCUGGAUGAUGGCAGCUAAGAAGAACUUUAAGCCCAGUAUUCAGCAGGGCAGUUGUUCGCAAAGAGACUGCUUCAAACUCUUCUGCUUGUUUAAUCUGCUGUCUGAGGACCAUUAUCCACUCAUAAUCAGCUUGCCUGAGUUGGAGUACCUACUGAAGAAGAUCUCUGCAGCAAUGAGUCAGGAGUGGGAUGGUAAGCUGCUGGAGGCCCUGCUAGCCCAGGAGAUCUCUCUACACAGUGGCCUAUCUGUGUGGCUGUUCCUGGAGCACCUAGGUGCUGGCCACCUCAUGCAGCUGGACAGCAAGGAGACCUUCAGCCUGGCCCUGGAUGAGGUCUUCAUGGAAAUGUACCACAAUGUGCUGAAGAAGGGUUACAUGCAGAAAAAGGGGCAUGUGCGUAGGAAUUGGCAGGAACGCUGGUUUGUGCUGAAGCCAGACGUCAUGGAGUACUAUGUCAGCGAGGAUCUGAAGGAGAAGAAAGGGGAACUCCAGCUGGAUGGGAGCUGUGUGGUGGAGACCAUCCCUGAUAAGGAAGGGAGACGAUGUUUGUUCUGUGUGAAGACUCCAGGAAGGACAUAUGAGAUGAGUGCAUCAGACCAGAAACAGAGAGUGGAGUGGAUUCAAGCUGCGCAGACAGCCAUCCGGCUGAAGACUGAAGGGAAGAGCUCACUGCAUAAGGAGCUGAAGCUGCGCAGGCGGGAGCUGCGGGAGCUCAGCCAGAACAGGCAGAGUGGCCAGCAAAUGCAGAGCAGUGAGAGCGAUGAUGGAGGACAGAGCGACAGCAAUGGCCAGAGUGCCCUGAGAAGAGUGAAUAGCGAGGGUCAACGGAGUGAUGACAGCAGCCAGAGAACACAGAGCAGCCAGAGUGAGCCCAGCCCUAAGGAUGAGUGGUCCAGCUUGGAGACGCAGCAUGAGGAGCUCGACUUGGGGAUUAUAGACAUCAUCCAGCAACACAUGGAAAUGGAAGCCCAGCGUAAAGAUGAGGAGGCCCGUGAAACAGAGAAGCAGAAUCAGAAGCAGCGAGAGCUGGAGAGACAGCUGAAGGAGGCAAAUGCAGCCAAGGAGACCUUAGAGGCUGAACUGGCUAAGAUGCAGAGGGAAGCUAACCAACAGAAGGAGAGGAUCCGAGAGCUAGAGCUCACGCAGCAGAAACUGGAGGAGGUGCUCAACCUGCAGACACAAGCCCGCUUAGAAGAGGAAAGGGCCCGAUGUGAGGUCGAGAGACAGCUGGAAGAGGAGCAGAGGAAGCUGUCUGAGUUGCUGCUACUUCAGAGACGCUUGGAGACUUCUGCUCCUGCAGAAAGGACUCAAGAGGAGGAGAAGCAGACCCUAGAAGAUGUGGAACUCAGACCCUCUCCUGCCUCCAACUCCCAGCCAAGCUCCCAUUCAACCCAGCCCCCAGCAGAAGCAGUGGAAACCCAUUCUUCCACCCUGGAGAAAGUGUCAGAAACUCAUUCUAAGGUUCCACAUAUGAGACAGUGGAAUGUCCAGAUGAACCGCCUUAUGAAGCCCAUCACGCCAGCAGACAAACUGAAAUGCCUGCCAGUAAAGUCCACGUUCCCCAAAUACGACAAGGCACUUACCAGCACAGAGUUCAUCACAAAGUACCAGACAAAUGUAACUCAAGAAACAGAAUUCUCAGACAGACAGCUGCUGGUCAAAGGAGAGGAAGCAGGAUCUAAGGAGCCAGUCACUGUACCUGAGACAGAAGAACUACAAAUGAAAAACAAGGAAGAAGAGCAGACCAAAGAGCUGACAUAGUCACCCACAGAGCCAGAUUAUACACAAAAUCUGUCCCAUUUACAAUCUUGUCACCUUACAGAAAAGAAUAUAUUAUGGUUAAUCAUGAAAAACUUUAAAUUAUGACAGCUCAGAAUUAGUAUUCAUUAUUACCUAUUCUUGAUAAACCAAGCCACUAGUAAGUGUUAUUAUAGUAGGUCUUAUUAGUAUGUCUACUAGGCAUAAUACCUAUUUCCUGUUUCAGGCUUUGUCAUAUACACCAGCUAUUAUAUUCAUACAGGAACAGCUGUUCCAGAGAACUGAUACUAUGAUUCCAUCAGGACUGUAAAUUAAAUGACUGGACUAUAAUAAGUCAACAGAUUUUUAAUAUUUUUAAAUGUUUAAAUCAUAUAUUGUUUGUAAUGCUUUGAAUCCAAACUUGUUUUUUCAUUUGCCUUUAUGCUUUUGUAUUGGUAUACCGGGUUGCGCUAGUGCCUGUUGUUUGUAAUUCUAUUGAUGACCAGUAGGGGAGGCAGUUGUUUUGGGAUAUAUUGUGACAUGACCUGAUAAUACCUCUUCGUGAACUUAUAAAUAUUCUCCCUAAUACAUUGGAUAUUCAGAG